AUGCCGAAGAACAGCAAGGUGACCCAGCGCGAGCACAGUAGUGAGCAUGUCACGGAGUCGGUGGCCGACCUGCUGGCCCUUGAGGAGCCUGUGGAUUAUAAGCAGAGCAUCCUGAAUGUGGCUGGAGAAGCAGGCGGCAAGCGGAAGGUGGCGGAGGGGGAGCUGGAUGUGGAGGACCGGCCGGCCUGGAACAGCAAGCUGCAGUACAUCCUGGCCCAGAUCGGCUUCUCUGUGGGCCUUGGCAACAUCUGGAGGUUCCCCUACCUGUGCCAGAAGAAUGGAGGAGGUGCCUACCUGGUGCCCUACCUGGUGCUGCUGAUCAUCAUUGGGAUCCCGCUCUUCUUCCUGGAGCUGGCUGUGGGCCAGAGGAUCCGCCGCGGCAGCAUCGGCGUGUGGCACUAUGUGUGCCCCCGCCUGGGUGGCAUCGGCUUCUCCAGCUGCAUAGUCUGCCUCUUUGUUGGGCUGUACUAUAAUGUGAUCAUCGGGUGGAGCAUCUUCUAUUUCUUCAAGUCUUUCCAGUACCCGCUGCCCUGGAGUGAGUGCCCUGUCGCCAGGAAUGGGACCGUGGCAGUGGUGGAGCCAGAGUGUGAGAAGAGCUCGGCCACUACCUACUUCUGGUACCGAGAGGCACUGGACAUCUCCAACUCCAUCUCAGAGAGCGGGGGCCUCAACUGGAAGAUGACCCUGUGUCUCCUCGUGGCCUGGAGCAUCGUGGGCAUGGCCGUCGUCAAGGGCAUCCAGUCCUCGGGGAAGGUGAUGUAUUUCAGCUCCCUCUUUCCCUACGUGGUGCUGGCCUGCUUCCUGGUCCGGGGGCUGCUGCUGCGGGGGGCCGUCGACGGCAUCCUACACAUGUUCACUCCCAAGCUGGACAAGAUGCUGGACCCCCAGGUGUGGCGGGAGGCAGCCACACAGGUCUUCUUUGCCCUGGGGCUGGGCUUUGGGGGUGUCAUCGCCUUCUCCAGCUACAACAAACAGGACAACAACUGCCACUUCGACGCCGCCCUGGUGUCCUUCAUCAACUUCUUCACCUCGGUGCUGGCCACCCUCGUGGUGUUCGCUGUGCUGGGUUUCAAGGCCAACAUCAUGAACGAGAAGUGUGUGGUCGAGAAUGCCGAGAAGAUCCUGGGGUACCUCAACACCGACGUCCUGAGCCGGGCCCUCAUCCCUCCUCACGUCAACUUCUCUCACCUGACCACUAAGGACUACGCGGAGAUGUACAAGGUCAUCAAGACCGUGAAGGAGGACCAUUUCUCAGCCCUGGGCCUCGAUCCCUGCCUUCUGGAGGAUGAGCUGGACAAGUCCGUGCAGGGCACAGGCCUGGCCUUCAUCGCCUUCACCGAGGCCAUGACACACUUCCCCGCCUCCCCGUUCUGGUCCGUCAUGUUCUUCCUGAUGCUCAUCAACCUGGGCCUGGGCAGUAUGAUCGGGACCAUGGCGGGCAUCACCACGCCCAUCAUCGACACCUUCAAGGUGCCCAAGGAGAUGUUCACAGUGGGCUGCUGUGUCUUUGCCUUCUUCGUGGGGCUGUUGUUCGUCCAGCGCUCCGGAAACUACUUUGUCACCAUGUUUGAUGACUACUCGGCCACCCUGCCGCUCACCGUCAUCGUCAUCCUUGAGAACGUCGCUGUGGCCUGGAUCUAUGGAACCAAGAAGUUCAUGCAGGAGCUGACGGAGAUGCUGGGCUUCCGGCCCUACCGCUUCUAUUUCUACAUGUGGAAGUUCGUGUCUCCACUGUGCAUGGCUGUGCUCACCACGGCCAGCAUCAUACAGCUGGGGGUCACGCCCCCGGGCUACAGCGCCUGGAUCAAGGAGGAGGCUGCGGAGCGCUACCUGUAUUUCCCUAACUGGGCCAUGGCUCUCCUGAUCACGCUCAUCGUCGUGGCUGUCCUGCCCAUCCCUGUGGUGUUCGUUCUGCGGCACUUCCACCUGCUCUCCGACGGCUCCAACACCCUCUCCGUGUCCUACAAGAAGGGCCGCAUGAUGAAGGACAUCUCCAACCUGGAGGAGAACGACGAGACCCGCUUCAUCCUCAGCAAGGUGCCCAGCGAGGCGCCCUCCCCCAUGCCCACUCACCGCUCCUACCUGGGGCCCGGCAGCACAUCGCCCCUGGAGACCAGUGGCAACCCCAACGGACACUAUGGGAGUGGCUACCUCCUGGCCAGCACCCCUGAGUCGGAGCUGUGA